AUGGGUUUUCUUUCUCUUUUGGAUUGCUUAUUUAACAGUAUUUGUGCUCAUUUUAUUGACUGAUUGAUUUUAUAUAUUUAUGUACUCAUUUUUUGAUGGAGCAGAUAGUAACCUUAGAAGAUGUGGUUGAGGAGAUUUGUUGGAGAAAUCUUUGAUGAAAAUGAUUCAAAGGAGGAGAUCUACAAGAAAACUGGCUAUAUUGUAAUGAGAGCAGAGGGAGUAUAUGAUGUUCAUGCCCAUACAUCUAUUUAUUGGCUGAUGACUUUGAAUAUUGAAAUGUCAGAGCCAUGCUAUUCUAUAGGAACAUCAGUAUGAGACAGUAUCUGGUUUUGUAUGCAAAGUAUUUGGAUACAUCCCUAGGGCUGGUGAGCCCAUCAAAGUUGUCCUCAAAAGGGAUAAUCAAGAUGAUGAUGAUGAUAAGCACGAUGAAGAUGGAUCUGAUCAUCAAGAUUUGAAGGAAAGGCAUCAAAUAUAUAGACUUGCGGUAGGGUAAAAGCACUGAAUGGAUUUCAGUAAAAAACUUCAGAAAGAAAAUAAACGUAGCUAGCAAUCAUGCAGUCUCUUAACUCUCUUCCACAUGUAACUUUCUGAAAUCAAUGUUAGUAUGGGGGCAUGCAUUUGUUCAUAUAGGAAUCUGCUUUUAUAUUGUUCAUCCUAUGAGAUGGUUCAUUUGGUGGCUUAGUUUGCUAAAUGAAACUUAGCAACUGAUAAUAAUAAUUCAUAUGCUCUGUU